UAUCGGCCAUUUUCUUUUUUUUUUAGGCAAUGACUGGUGUUGCUUGCCUCUACUUACAUAUAUCAAAACUUUCUUAACUCGUUUUCAUGCAAUAUAAUAUACCUUCACGUAGUUAUUCGUAAUUGACUCACAUAAACCACGAACAAUAAGUAAAACGCUAAAUAUAUAUACCUGAGAUUUUAUUUUUUUCUUCUAUGCAACACUUGUCUGCCAAACUUGAAUGAAAGUGAGGAUAAUAUACAUAAACAUUCUAUAUGUUCAUUGUUACAAAAAAAGUAAACGUUUGAAAAGGAAUGUCCGAAUCGUGAUAGAAACGAUAAUUCAGUCUAAAAAAUCUGUUACUAAAUUGUUAUCUACAUACGCUGUCAUACAUAUUAUGAAGUUUCAAAACGUACAGUAGUCAGUACUUUCUCGCCAACUACCCGCGUGGAGUUACCUCAAUUACUAUGCGACUGAAAUUAGAUGCAUUUAUUAACUGUCAGAUUGCGCUAGUAUCAACGCAAAUAUCCUGGAGAAGAAAGAGAGAUCCGAUUAUUUCUACCCUGAACUACGGACAAUAGAUACAAGUUCAGUUAAACCAUAACAAAUGUCAUUCACUUCACAAGUUCACAAAAAGCUGUAUUGCGUGUACUUAUUUGAGAAUUUCGUUGGAUUUUCCAUCUAAAUCUUAUGGUGAAUUACUUGAGAAAUAAAUAUGAGUGAUUAAAAAUGACUGAAAACAAUCGAAAAAGGUGCAGAAAAUCUAAACUAGUGCCAAGGGAAUGUGUUGACUAUGUCGAAGAUGAUUCGGUUUUGCAGGAGCCUGUCCAAAAGAAACUCCUUCUAGAAAAAAUCAAGAAAGAACCAGAAGACUACAUCCCGCCUGACCCCGAUCCGUCUACACAUAAGUUCUCUGUGGAAGUGGAAAUCGAAGGCAUGGACACUGCAGCCCCCGAUGAGGAUGCCCCCGACUACAUGAAGUACCUCUUCAGUCUGUCCAAAGAACCAGAAGAUACUGCGGAGAAUUCAGAAAACUUAGAUUUUGCUGAUAAUAGUUUACUGUUAGAACAGAAACUUACCAUACCAAUGAUCGAGGAAGAGAAAAAUUGUGUUGUAGACGUGAAGAAAUUGCAGAAGAUGUUAGUUAUACUGCAUAGGAAAUACCCAAAGGAGCUAGAAGUUGUAAUGCAUUGCAGGAAUCAAUGGGGACGGGCGUUUCAUGAGAAAUGCCCUACUGAAUUUAAGAAAGCUCCUAAAGAGAUCCUUUUACAUGAUGUACUCAGUAGAUGGAAGCAGUGGACAAUAGUGACUAGGGCUAGAGAGAGCCCGUACUGCUAUAAAUGCUAUAUUUGCGACAACGGUUGGUGGACAUACACAGAAUUCGCUACACAUAUAACUCAGCAUACAACAUAUAAACUGCAAAUACAAACUAGAAACUUAGAGUGUGACAUAGUUGCGUAUGAAGGCGACUCAGCUGGCGUUAAAGACGUUGAAAUACAUGGUAAAUGUACUAAAUGCGCUAAAACAUAUAACCAUCAUUUGACUAAUAAGAGAGCUACAGACGCAUAUUACUAUUGCAACUAUUGCGAUGAGAGAUUCCAAACGUGCAGAACGUUAACUAAGCAUGAAGGCGGAUGCCCCCGAAAUCCUAUAAGAGUCCUAGCUAUCUCUAAGGCUGGAAAAGAAUACUCAUUCUCAGAUUUCUCCUGCGAAGUAUGUAAGACGCUCUUCUUAAGUAACCCUGACUUGGAAGAGCAUAUGAUCAUUUGCCAUAAGGUCCGAUCAGAUGAACCCAUAGUCACCGUGUUCAAGACGUGCAAAGAUUGCGAGCAGAACUACUAUAACUUUUUCUUCCAUGUGUGUUUGAAGAAAAAUUUUGUCACGGAAUGCAAGCAUUGUUUGCGAAAGUUUCAGAACAAACAAAUGCUUGAGCAUCAUUAUAAGAUGUGGGAUAAAAUUAUGCAGUGUAGAAUUUGUGAUAAAUAUUUAGUGAAAAGUUGUAUGGCAGCGGAGCACUAUGCGUUGCAUAGCGAAGAGUUUCUGUUGGUGCAUCGGUGUCUGGUGUGUAAGAAGAUCAAGGUGUUCACGACUGAAGAUGCGAUGAGGAAUCAUGUCAACAAGUAUCAUAAGAGGUUUGAUGCGAGACGGCCGAAAACUGACAAGAUAAUUAUGCCAACAACAAUGCUGCAGCAGUGUAUGGUCGACCAAGUGAAGAAAAAUCCGCCCAAGCCCGUGCUAAAGUCCACAACCUCUAAAGCAACGAGUAAGGGGAGUUUCAAACUCACUCGGGGCGAGACUGUACCACAAAUUCGAGUCUACGUGCCAGUACAUAAAAACAAGCCUUCGAAUGUUAGCGAUGGAAGUCCACCGAUAAAUACUACAAUAGCUCACGACGACACGACCACUAUGAGGCCCGACGCCGCGCCUGAACUAAUCGCUCCCGUGCAGAUAAAACAAGAAAAAGACGUAACUGUAAAUAUACCAGCACUGGUACCUAUACAUAUAACAGUACCGGUACCUGAAAAAGUACCAGAAAUCAGUGAAAUGACUAUUAAAGUAGAAAAAAUGGAUAUUGACGAAGAAAAGAUAACAAAUAGUGCACCAGGCGCUCAACAUCCAGUUAGUGAGGUAAAAGAAGGUACUACAGAAAAAGAAGUUAGCAUAGAAAAUGAGGAUCGUAAAGACAUGAAUAACAUAAUGGCAGAAUUAACAGAAUUUCUUGAUAUCAAACCUGAUGUUAUCAAAGAGGAAAAACUCUCCGAUGACGAAGCAGCGCAAGCUACGAAAGAACUCACAAAUUUACUACAAAUGUCAAACACAGAAUCUGAUAUAUCAAAAGUUUUUAAAGCUUCAAGUACUUUUGCAGAAGAAGUCACAGAUAACUCGGAACAUUCCACAGUAUUUCAGAUAUCUAAAACAGUUUUAGAGUCAGUUAAACAAGAAAAAUAUGUAGUGCAUGAAGAUGAUCCAAUAGCAGUGAGCCCCAACGCUUCAAGUCAAAGUGUCAGUGAAACUUCAGAUUUAAGCUCGUUAAAUUUAGAGCCAGAAGUCAUUCUUAAAGCUGGUUAUAGGAAGAGAAAAAUCUACAAAUGCAAUAAAUGUGAUUAUUCAGGAUUCCACAGAGAAUAUAGGGAACAUAUUAAUAAUCGUUGCAGCACGCCGGCAGCUCAAGAAUUAGUUUCCGAUGACUACUACAGGUGCACAAAGUGUGAUAAAGGUUUUUCUUCAUUAAAAAAGUACGCGUUACAUUUCGAUAAGCAUGGCUACCUUUAUAUGUCGUGCCCGCAAUGCGGUCAAGAUUUCGAGAGUGUGACCAAACUGAUGCCACAUCUAAACAGUCAUUUAAAGGGACAAUUCUUUAAAGUUCAAAUCAUAAAAAGUUGCGAAGACACAAAUAAUUGUAAAAUGUAUCAGUGUAAGAGCUGUACCGAGGUGGUGGGGCAGGAGAAGUGGUUCGAGCACUGGGAGAAGCACCUGGAGCUGCUGAAGCCAGCCGAGAAGGUGCCGCAGGAGAAUAUACAGGUCGGCGAGCAUGGUGAACGGUCUCUCAAUGCGAGCUCGCUCGAGGAAGUUCUAGUGAUCCUCACCAAACAGUUCAACAACGAGUAUCGCCACGCAAAAUCCUGCGUCGUCUGCUCCCGAGUGUUCGAGCGCAAGAACGACACCAAGCGGCACCUCAUAGAACACCUGCUAGAAGACGCUUACGCCAACAUGCUCGUCAACCAGACGCUCAAGUGCCAGAUAUGCGGCGAACAGCACAAGAAACCCGAUAAUUACAAAAAACACAUGAGGGAUCACGCGAACCUGCCGAUAUACAAGUGUGGCUUAUGUAAUAAAACGUUCAGUGAUUCGAGUAAUUUUACUAAACAUAAGAAGAUACAUAAUUUGAAAGCGUAUAUAUGUGAUAUUUGCAGUAAGAAGUUCCAAGCGAAGGUUUCUUUGGAGAAGCACAUACAGAUGCACAUGAAGACCGCGCCCAUAACGUGCGAGCAGUGCCCGCGCGUGUUCCACGACCGCUCCUUCUACAACCGCCACUACCGGCAACACCACGACAAAUUACUCACCAGAUUCAGAUGCAUGCUGUGCCGCGAGAAGUUCCCGUCGCUGCGCGAGAAGUGGGACCACCUGUGGGAGGUGCACAAGCAGCGCAAGGAGAACGCCGACUGCCCCAUCUGCGGCGUCUCCUACAGGAAGUUCAUCGAUGUCAAGAAACACGCUUUUCGGGUACAUGGGAAGUCUAUCACCCUCUCCAGUCUGUGGAGUUUACUCAGUAAGAUCAGGGGUACGAAGGAGCUGGGGGUGUCGGGGGAGGUCGGGGAGGGGAGCCGGGGGAGGGUGAAGGAGGAGGUCAGCAGCGACGACGACUGCCUGCUCAUCGAGGAGGAGCUGGAGACUUUGGUGGUCUAUGACUGAGUGUUUUAAGUACGUAUAGGUGUGAACAUAGACAACGUCAUGCGAGUGAACAUUUGUACAGUCAAGUGUAAAAAUAUGGGUGUACACAUCCUACUCAAAAAUAUGUCCCAUAGCAUCUUAUUCCAGUGUAAUAAGAGCGUAGUACCAUAUUUAUGAGAAGAUUCUUUCAAUACAUAUUUUUGCACUUUACUGUACAUAGUUAAAAGGGUAGUAUAGUGCUGUACUCGUUCGUAUAAAAAAAUUCUAAAUAUUCUCCAUGAUUUUUUUAUUAUGUUAUUGACACAAUGAAAAACUAGGUUUAAAUGUAUUCCUUUUUUUUAUUUGCACUACAAAUAAAAAUUGAAAUAUAUAAACCUAGGAUAUAAUGCUGAAGCGAUUGACAUCAUAAUCAAAGUGAUUGACCGAAGGGUAAAGCGGGACCUAUUAUUAUAUGUUAAGAUCGCAAAGCUAUUCUUCCCUCUUAUAAAUAAAUAAUAAAAUAAAAAGCCCAUUUAUUCCAUAACCAAAAACAACAUAAUACAUUUAACAUAUACUGACGGAAGAAAAGUUACUUAAAUCUAUUUUUAUUUUGUUAUAUGCACUUAAGAUUAUAAUUAUAUAAUUUGGUUAGGACCCCUCACGGGUAAAGGCCUCCUCCAGCCUCCAUUCUUCCCUCUUAAGGACCUGUAAUUAGUCAAAAGGUAAUCGAUUCCAUUGUGUUACAUCAAUUAAGCCAUUUCUAUUUAAAUUAUUUGCAUGAAAGUGUGUAAACGUAUACUUAUAUGUGUAUGAAUGAAGUAUAAUAAAUAUAAUACAAUUCACAUGGUUAAUUUCGUAUCAAAAAUGUAUCAAUUAAGUUAAAACUAAUCACAGCUUGUUUGUUUUCAAUUCACAUCAAAGAGAAUACGGAAGGUAGAGGCAAGGAACAAAAUCUCCAUAUACCAAAAAGUGUCCGACAAAAAACCAUAAAUAGGUGGCGCUACAAUACCUAGAAUACUUGAGAAAAAAAUCUAAUCAUAGACAGUGCACUUCACUCCGUCAAUAACGCCUAGGUUCUUAGCCACUCUAGCGCUACUCUGGAGAGAUUUGGAACUAUUAUUAAUAGCUGACAGCUGGAUACUUUUGCAACAAUUCUGCAGGAGUUUCUGUUCCUUGCCUCUACCUUCCGUAAAAGAGAAUUUAAAAUAGAAGCGGAUUGUCAAGAAAACUUUGUAACCACGUAAAUUUACUGUUAUCUUUCGACACAUGAUUAAAACUUUUAGAACGCCAAACUUUUGAUCCUUAUUCUUUAACUGAUAUGUGUUAAAUUUCGCAUACCUUUAUUGGGCAUAAUUAUUGAAAGUCAUAAUGUAAUGUUUGUCAGAAUAUCAUUAGCCAUAAUUCUGAAACCGUUAACUUUUCAGGAUUUUCGUAAGGUUAUCCUAUAGAUAGGUUAGGCUACAAGAUAGGGUAGUCGUUCCGAUUUCCAACUGGUUACGAGAUGAGAAAUCAAAUUUCUUAUUAGAAAGCGUACUUGACAAUAAAUAUAAUCAGGGGUCGGACAAAAAGUGCGGAUGACGUAAAAAUGACGUAAUUUUGCACACAGGAUGAUGUUUGAGUUUGUAUUUAAACUUCCGUGUGACAUGUAGUAACAAAGUAGUAUUAAUGAAGUAACAAAAUAAUCGUAAAUAAAUCCAUGGAAUUAAUAAUACAUUUAUGCAUUUUUUUUAUGAAAUUACGGAAGUUUUCAUUUUGUAGUUGCACCCAGGGUAUGUUUGCUGCUAUCAUAAAAUUUGUAAGGUUCAUAUUAAAUUCACUUUGCCCUUUUUUUCUACGUUUCCGACAUGUUUGGUUAUCUCCAAAUGUCUUUUAAUAUUGCUUACCUUCGUUGGUAUAUCUUGAUUACAGCAAGAGCAGUAUACGUGUUUGUCACGUACCUCCAAAAACGGAAAAUUGCCACAAUAUUCGAGUAAAGAUGACAUUUUAGAGCGUUUUCUUAUACAUUAGUAAAUAUAAAUUUUAGCUAAAUAUAAUCGUGAAGAUACAAUAGCUAAACAAUAACGAAGUCAAUUUAUUGUUCAUCUGAUUGACAAUGUGUCAGUCAAAAACGUACUUACUCAUUUCAAGUGGCGAUAUCGUUUAAUAAAGAGGUUGAUAAAUGAUAAGUGAUAAUUGUUUAUGAAAAUCAAAAUUACUAUUUGAAAUCAUCCUAUAAGUGGUUUGACGUCAUCCGCACUUUUUGUCCGACCCCUGAAUAUAAUCCCUGCUUUUAUAUCUCACAAAAGCGCGUUUCGAUCAGAGAAUUUACUUCCCAACAAUCAUACUUCUAUGCUUAAAUGACAGAUUGCUACAAUCGAAUUGUCAUUUUACCAUCUUCGAUAUAAAAACAAUGUGUGGGAAUUAAUCUUAUUUUGAGACCGUUUGAAAAAUGGUAUAGAAAUCAAUUUAGUAUUAUGUUGACAUGAAUUAUUAUUACUUUUUUUGUUAAAAAUGUAACUUUAUUAUUUAAGUGUUUCCGCUCUCCUUUUAAACCGACUAGCUAGCUCUGAAACAUUGUACUUACAAUAGUAUUUUCGUACAAAACUUGUUUUUGCUCUAUUUUGUUUGUUUUAUAAACUGGAGCUAUAUAAACUAAUUACAGGCAUAGUCUACCUCAUGUCAUUGUAUGUGCUAAGUUUCAUAUCCAACAUAUAAAAUCCAACACGUAGUUUUAAAAUGAGAACGUAACUCCGUUUGUAUGAGAAGGUGAAAUUCGGCCGAGAUUGCUGCGGUAUUUUAGUACUAGUAAUUUAGAAAUUAAUGUAAAUCUCUACUUAGGUCAUACUGAAAGUUCCUGGUUUUUUUUUAAUUCUUAAAAAAAAUCCUGACAUAAUUUUCAAACAGCAUUCCUAGAAUACAAAUCAUCACCGAACAAAUUGUAUCUAAAAAUAGACAAUAAGUUAUAUUAUCAACGAAUAAAUAUUUACACUGCAUGACCUCAUCCUCAUCUAAAUGGCUCAUUCCAGAAACUUUCAGUAUUACCCACGUAAUUCAUUGUCGAUCUUUUCCGCCUACAAGGUGUAUUCUAAUGAUCAUACAAGAAUAUUUGAAACGUACUAAAAUUCAAUGAAUUGAAACACUAGACUGUUAUGGAAUAAAUGGAUUGGAGGAAGUCAGUAAAAUAUGUAACUGCAAAAUUAUAAACUUUACCGUAUUCGGUUAAAAAGGGGUACAUUAUUAAUAUUUUACAGGUAUCCCUUUUUAAUUUGCGUUUGUUCUUAAUUUAAUUUGCUGUAAUACAUGCCUUUGGUCCGUUUUCAUAACUAUGGUUUUCGUAACUGGCUGACAAAGAAGAUUAAUUUUUCCUAUUUCAUAAUUAAUUAUCAAACAAGAAUUUACUUUCUGGUUUCGUAAUCGAGUUUCGUAACUGGUUAUGAAAUAAGAUUUUUUCUGUUUUCGCCUGGAUUGGCUACGAAAUAUGAAUUAUUUUUCGCUGCUUCGUAAUUAGUUAUCAAACAAGAAUUUAUUACUCUUUUAGUAAUCGUGUUUCGUUCAUUAUAUGUGCCUAGAAAUACUUUGAACUUACGAUUUUUUAAUGUUAAGACAUUUGUGGAUGAACCUUAUGGUUUUAAGCUUAAGAGGAAAUGUAUAAUUACCAUUAUCGUUAAAAAGAGAAAAAGGUUUUUCUACUUCUAAAUAUUUUCCAUUAUAGAUGUUUUUUUACUAUGUUAUUGACACAAUGAAAAACUAGGUUUUCCUUUUUUUUUUGCAAUACAAAAAGUUUUUUUUAAACCGGCACUUAUAACCCUAGAAUAUAAUGCAUGAAGCGAUUGACAUCAAAAUCAAAGUGAUUUCUUAAUAUUUAGUUAGUUGAAACAGUUUUCUCCCAAAAUGGAAUUUAAAUUGAAAAAUUACCGUUAUUUCGUGAGUCAGAAAGGCGUGUGUAACUAAAUGAAAUUAUACAAAGCAUACCAUAUUUUUGUACGUAAUUUGUACUAUUUAGUACCUCCUUUUAAAAAAUUUGUACCUCACGGUACUUGAAAGUUAUCACCAAAAAACAGUACACCCGCCAUCCUGACAGAAUGGCGGGUGUACUUUAUUACGCAAUGAUCCCGCGCUUAAUGAUAAUUUCUAUAAAAAACAAUUUUUUGUACCUUGUUAUUUCGUUAGAUUCGAAGCUAUUCAUUCCUCUUAAGGUUUUAAUUUUUUUUGUUGUUAUUUCCAUUAUGGUAUGCUUAUUUUGAGUGACAUGUGUAAAUUCUGUAAUGUAUUACUUGACAUAAGGAUUGCGUUCAAUGAUUUUUACAUGGACAUGCACGUUGUUACAUAAUGUUUUGUAAAACUGUUAUAUUAUCAAGGUCGAUAAAUGUAUACUUUUCUUAA